GGAAAACGGUAUAGACUCGGGUUCGGGAUCCUGACAUACAGAGGACAUUCGGAUGUUAGAAAUGUGACAUCGUCCCUUGGCCCUGAGGUGCUUGGGUAUGAUAUAGAGAAAUAAAACAUGUUUCUAAGACGUUCCUUCUGUCAACUGUGCAAGGAAGAUUUUGUUAAUCUUCUCUCUGUUGUAUCUGCCGAAAGGACAGCUAGAAGAACAAUUUCUGUAGAUUUUCAAGGUAGACCUCAGUUCCGGGGAAAGACAGAAGCUGAAAGAGUUAAGUGGCUUAAGGACAAUAUUCCUAGAUCACUUAGGAAAAUAGACAGGUCAAUCGAAGAAACUCUUUCAUGUAGAAAUAAACUCCUAGUGUUUCAUGGUGAAUAUGAUUACUUCUGGAAAUUCGACAGUGAGGAUAAAUUAAAUGAUUGGAUUGUGACAACAGACUCUGAUAAUAAGCAGGGCUUCAGUCGAGCAUAUCUGGCUCUGAGUAGAAACAAGAGGGCCCUAUUUUAUGGAAAUUUGUGUACAGAAGUGCCAAAAGAUGGAGAACAAACUAGGGCUGGUUACUGCCAACUCAGAAGUCCUGUAAGCCAGACACUGCGUAUGAACUAUGACUGGUCAGAUUUCACACAUAUUGUGAUACGUAUGAGAGGUGAUGGACGUGCAUAUGGUCUCGGCUUACAGACAAAUUAUAAGAGGACCGGUGUGGUUGACUUUACGAUGGGACUGACUGCCAAUGACCAGUACCAUUAUCCCAUGUUUACUCGUGGAGGUCCAUACUGGCAAAUUGUUAAGAUUCCAUUCAGCAAGUUUUACCUAAGCCACAAGGGAACUGUACAGGAUAAACAAUCCCCUAUGGAUGUCAAUGAAGUGGGAUUCUUCUGUAUAAAUCUCAUGGACAAUGUUGAUGGACCUUUCCACCUAGAAAUAGAUUAUAUAGCUCUCCUCAGGGAUGAAAAUCACAAGGAGGCUCACGCCUAUGAACUGUAUCAAGUAGAGGACUAUGUCACUAAUGUCUACUGAUAAAAAAAAAUGUUGUUUCUUGUGUGUGAAAUUUUAACCCAAUUUGUUUCUAGGGUAGACUAUAUUUAUGGAUGUGAUAUGUGCUGUGGCAUUACUUUAUAAUGACUUGCAUGACAUUCAUUAACAGUGAAUUGUAUUUUGAAAAUUUUUUAAUGAAAAUCAUGUUAUUGAAAAAGUAAAUAAAAUAUAUAAUAUUCA